CAUACCAAGACACGCCGACUUAUUCUCCGCCACAUCAUGUCCGUGCAGCUUUUAUUGGAUUAAAUUACAUAAUUGUUUUAUAUAACGCGCCCCAAAGCCGGGACAUUUCACGUCGGACUGACGGCCGCUCAGCGUUUUUUCCACGGAGGAAGCUGCUCCACCUGUUCGACCUCCUCAGCAGAGUCUUCCUCAGCCUCAGCGACACUCUCCGGCCAUGCAGGAGGUGUGACCCUCCUCUCCCUCCUUCCUCGAGUGUGCUUUUGGAGGCUGCCCACAAAGGAAAGAACAAAUCAAAUAAGCCAACCCAGAGGUGGUAAAGAUGGCCGACCCCGACCCGUCCUCGCCGGCGGACCCCCCGCUGCCCCUCCCGUCCCCCCGCACCCCCCUGCAGCUCUCCUUCCCCUUCCUGAGGGAGGGCAGCCGGGUGUGGGAGCGGGAGAGGAAGCCGCCCCAGCCUGGAGAGCUGCCCAGCCCCCUGCCCACCAAACGCACCCGCACCUACUCAGCGACGGUGCGAGCCACAUCAGGUCCUGUAUUUAAAGGGGUGUGUAAGAACUUCUCCAGGUCUCAGGGUCACGGAUUCAUCCGCCCGUCUCAUGGAGGAGAAGACAUCUUCGUCCACAUCUCUGACAUCGAAGGAGAGUAUGUGCCUAUGGAAGGAGAUGAGAUGACGUACAAGGUGUGUCCCAUCCCUCCCAAGAACCAGAAGAUCCAGGCGGUGGAGGUGGUGAUCACCCACCUGAACCCGGGCACCAAGCACGAGACCUGGUCAGGACAGAUCAUCAGCUCCUAGACCGAGCCGCACAGGCUCCUGGGACGGAUUUGGAUUAGGAUUUAGGUUUUUAAGUUAAAGGGGGCUGACCCGUCUGGGAGCGGGCGCUUCAGCAUGAGGGGUUUUUGGGGUUUGGAGAAGUUUGGCCUUAGGUAGACACGGGAGUCGGGAAAGUGAGGCUUUGGGGGGGUCAAAGUUUAAGAUUUGAAUGUCUGGGGUUUUCAAUUUAGGGUUUUGGAUGUACUCAUUUUGAAAGUUGGGAUUUUGGACGCCUGCUUUUGAAAGUUUGGAUUUGAAUGUUUUUCGAUUGAAGGUUGGGAUGUUUUGGGUUCAGGGUUUGGUGCUAGGAUUUUCACUUUGGGAUCAAAAUCUUUUUCGUUUGGGACUAAGCGGGCAUUUGGUGGGUUUAGAGGGCGGGGGGUUCAAAAUGCAAGUGGGAGAUUCAACUCCACACAUGAGGGAUGAUUUUCCCUCCGACAUUGUAGCACUACAGUAUUUUGUCUAUUUGCCAAGCUUAUAAAUCCACUAUGUUGUAGCCAGCUUCGAUGACAGCGGUGGAGACGGUGGUUGGAUGUUGUGGGACCAAUAUGACCGGGGAAGAGAGGGUUUGGGUUCAGGUGGAGAGACAGAGAGGGAGAGAGAGAGAGAGGGGAAGAGGAUGAGGGAACAGGCAGAGGAUGGAGCGACUGAUUAAAGAUGUGAUCAGGCAGAGAUGCAGCAGGACUUGAAAUGGUCUAAAGCACGUGGAAAUAGGAAGAUGGGCUUUGAGAUCAGCGGCUCUCAACCUGCAGGGUCAUCGGAUGCCGCGAGGCGACUUAUCAAAGUUAUAACAAACACAUUUUUCUGGCAAUUUGUGAUAAAUGACUCGUGAAAUAAGCAGCGCUGGCAGCCUCCAGGCUUCUACCAGUAAAAAAACCGAUCAUGUCAAAGUUCAAUCCCCUGCAUUCUUCAGAAGAGUAACUGGGCCACAAAAAAAAAAACAGUGACCUUUCAGAAUAUGAUCCGAAUUUCAAAAUUAAAGCCAGAAUUUCAAGCUGGUCACGUUCGUGAUGUUCGCUUACCUCACCAACUUCGGCAACCCCCUCGACAGAAGCCAUAUCGCCGGCCUUUUCGCCUCAAACAAUCAAUCCUAAUCUUCGUCAACUUUCAUUUUUGACGUCAAACCUCAAAAUUUUGACUUCAAUCUCAAAUUUUGGAGUCCGUUCUCACAAUUUUUCAAUUCUAUCCUUGAAAUUCUGACUUUACGUUGCAAAAUUUGGGUUUCAUUUUUUGCAGACUGUUGUCACUGAUCUCAGUGUUUUGCAGAUUUUUCCAAAGAGCAUUGUGGUUUUUUUUUUGGCCCUGUUACUGUUCUGUAGGAUUUUGCUCUUUUUCCUGUGCAAUUAAUCACGAAUCAACAUGACUGAUCACAAUUUUAUUAAGUUUUGUGCUAAAAAAAAAAAAACAUUGAGAGCCGCUGAUUUGAGUCGUUAGCAGGUGGGAGGUUGAAUUUGCGAACAUGGGUGAUGAUCUGAGUAAAAAAAAUGAGGGAGUCCUGUAAGUUUCACAAUGGCGCGGCGAACGACUGUGAAAACAAAGCAAAGCAACAAACCUUCCUAAAUGAAGUGUUUCUUCUUUUUUUCUUUUCUUAAAAGAUUUAUUUAUUUAUUUACAUAUUUAUUUCCAUUUUGUAACUUUCCAGGGACGCCACGUGUUUGCUAACUGAGGCUGUGUUUCUUAGAGUCUUUGUGCCAACGUUUGAACACUCGCUCUGAUGAUACUGCCCUGCUGAAGCAUCAGACAAAAAACAAAAAACAAAAAAAAAAAAAACCUCAAACCCUUCUCCAAACGCAC